AGUUACCACUGCUGCCCACCAGUCUUCCGGCGAACGGCAACUCUGGGAUCAUCUAACCUAAAACCGGGCCGUGUCGUCUCUCAUUCUUCUCUCUGGCCGUACUAUGAAGACAAUAUUUCUUAUUGCAGCAUUGAUAACCUAUGUAUUGGCGCUGAACGAGGAAUUAUUGCACUACGUUAGUGAUGAUGUACCUGGUGGCUCUUACAAAUAUUACAGCUUGACGUAUGACGGUGACAUUAAGAUACGGUUGACAACGAUAACGGGGGAUGCGGAUUUAUAUGCGUCGCAGAUUAUAAGCAAACCGACGUACGAGCACUAUUGUCUGCAGUCCGUAACCUGUGGGGAAGAUAUUAUUUUUAUACCUAAGAGCUUCAAACGGCCUGUAAGUAUUGGCGUUUAUGGCCAUCCGUCCCAUGAGAUCAGUAAAUACACUCUAUUGGUGUCCGAAGUAAUGUUCGAGGACGAUACUUCCUCUUACAACGAGACAUCAGGAAAAACUUACAAAAUGUUGGAAUACGAAAACCAAAUCUUCCUUGAAAUUCUUCAGGAAGAUGGACUAGUUAUUACAGCUAAGGGUCUUGGUAUAGAAACUGUUUUUGCGAAUGUGAUAAAAGCUUACUCGGAUCCGGGCAAUCUAGUUAUAAUUUUGGGAACCACCAAUCAUGAUGAGAAUUACAUUAUUGAUCUGCUUAAAAGUUAUGGAACAAGUAGGCUACCGCGUAUAGUGAAUGCUGAAUGUCUCUCUAAUGAAAGGGAAAUAAUGUAUUUGGAGGGUGGAGUGCUGUUUAUAUCAGGUCGUAUUUUGGUGGUUGAUAUGUUAAAAAACAGAGUUCCGUUGCACUUGGUCACUGGUAUUCUCGUAUAUAGAGCUCACAAUAUUCUGAAUGCUUACCAAGAAGCAUUUGCGUUGCGUUUAUAUAGACAGCAUAAUAAAACUGGAUUUAUCAAGGCGUUCACAAAUUCAUCACUGGCUUUCACGGUUGGGUAUUUGCGAGUAGAACGAGUUAUGAAAGCUCUGUUCGUGAAGAAAUUGUAUUUAUGGCCACGUUUCCACACAACUAUUAAUAAUUGCUUGUCCAUGCAUGAGCCCGAUGUUAUAGAACUACAUGUACAGAUCACACCGAAGAUGCAGAACAUUCAAACCACUUUACUUGAUAUUAUGAAUUACACCGUGAAAGAAUUGAAGAGGCUCAAUAAAUCUUUAGACUUAGACGAACUGACUGUAGAGAAUGCAAUAGCAAAGAAAUUUCACAAGCAGUUACAUUUGCAAAUAGAUCCAAUCUGGCAUCAGCUUAGUACAACGACCAAACAAUUGUUUUCCGAUUUAAAAACGUUACGUUCCCUUGUUAUAUCCUUGACAUACGAAGAUUCCGUUACAUUUUAUGCCAUGCUAAAUCGUUUACGGACUAUGGAAUAUGCCGUGAAAGCCGGUGGUUGGAUAAUGUUGGAUGAAUUCGAGAAUUUGUUCAAAUAUGCGAGAAGCAGAGUUUACACAGAUAAGAAUGAACUGAAACCAGAACCAAAUCCAAAAUGGGAAGCUUUAUCGGAAGUAUUAUCUGAGAUUCAAGAACAGAAACAUAAGAAAAAAGACUAUGAAAAUAUUGAUAAAGUUCUUAUCUUAGUACACGAUAACACUAUAUGUCGCCAAUUAAAGAAUUAUUUAACUAUGGGUGCAAAUGAAUAUUUACUUUAUGAGGCUUUGAAAAAACUAUCGCAUAAUAAAGAACAAAAGACAAGUUGCGAUAGUGGAAAAAACGCGAAAAAUCAACCAUCAACAUCUGAAAGUAAUACAGAGGAAGAAACGCCGGAAAUGCAGGAUACUUAUGUGCUCACCUUGUCGCAAAAAUGCACAGAAGGAACUCAACCAAGUACUUCCAAAGAAGAUGUGAAGCAUCAGACAUUGUUUGAAGAAUGUUCGCAAAUCGCAGAAUUGGAUUUAACUAAAGAGACUUAUACGGCAUCCGCACCUAUCAUUUUUAUACAAGCUUUAAAGAAAGGAGGAGAUCCAAUGGCUUUACAACGAAUCUUAACUGAGCAUAUGCCAAAUAAUAUUAUUUUAUACGUGGCCGAUAUUGGCACCGUGAGGCAAUUAGAGGUGUAUCAGAAUAAUAACCCAUCAUUAAACUUGAAAGUAUAUUUUUUGAUUUAUGGCGGGUCGGUUGAAGAACAAGAAUAUCUUACUUCUUUACGACGGGAAAAGGAAGCGUUUCAUUCUUUGAUUAAUACGAAAACUACCAUGGUUAUCCCAGAAGAUCAAGAUGGAAAAUCGGACGAUUGUUUGGCUCUUGCAAUUCAGUCGGAUAAUACAGAUCAGGACAAUACACGUAAAGGAGGGCAAUCUGCAGCCAAAAUAAUUCCAAAAGUUAUUGUUGAUAUGAGAGAAUUCAGAAGUGAAUUACCAGCCAUUUUGUAUACGCGCGGUAUAAAAAUCGAACCGGUGACAUUAGUGGUGGGUGAUUACAUUUUAACACCAGAAAUAUGCGUUGAGAGGAAAAGUAUAUCUGAUUUGAUUGGCUCUUUAUUUUCUGGGAGAUUAUACAAUCAAGCAGUUUCUAUGACGAGGCACUAUGCUAAACCCAUGCUCCUCAUAGAAUUUGAUCAGGAUAAACCAUUCUGUUUUCAGGGAAAUUACUCUGUCGGUAGAGAUCUUAAAAAUACUAAUGUAACAGCAAAACUGCAAUUAUUAACUCUUCACUUUCCCAAACUAAAAAUUAUAUGGUCUCCUAGUCCACAUGCUACAGCACAAUUGUUUGAAGAAUUAAAGCAAGGACGAGAUCAACCUGAUUCGAAUGUAGCUGCUAAAAUUGGAGCAGAUGACGUUGAAAACAAGCAAGUAAUGGAAGAAAAAUAUAACUCUCAUAUCCAAGAUUUUAUAGCUAAAUUGCCGGGUGUACAUUCGAAAAAUUUGCAUAUUCUAUUGAAUAAAGGGGAAUCAUUAGAUCAUCUUGUGAAGCUCUCAGAAGAAGAACUAAAAGAAAUACUCGGAAAUAAAAAUGAUGCUGAAUUGCUAUAUAAAGCUCUUCACGAAAAAUGUCAGCAAUCAGAUGAAAAUCCGGGAACUAGCAAAGGUGUCUCUAAAGUACGUGGUAAGAGACUUUUCUCCAGGGUAAAAAAAUAAUGUAAAUGAUUAUGUAAAUAAUACUUAGAUAAUAGUUAGUGUAACAUUAUAUAAUCAAAUAAACAUAUUAGAAAGUGUUUGUGCCAUUAUGUCAGACCCAACCAAUCACAUUCAACUCGGCAAGCAGGCUUAUAACGUAAUUUUAGCCGAGAAAUUGCGGCGAUUUGAAAUAAUUAAAAUAUAGUGCUUAGAAUAAAGAGAAAAUUUUAUUUUGCAACAACGAAUUGUUAGACAAAAAGCUGCAAGAAUAUAUAAUUGUACUAUACAUGUAUGAUCA